GAGGAAUUAAAAGGGUAUUAGAAAACAUCACCUCCACUACUUGCUGCCGCCACGCUGCUCCUCCCCGCUCCACCGAUCGGAGCUCAGGGAGCCACCGCUUCCUCCCUUGCUCGCUCCCUCCGAUUCCCCGAUAGAUUUAUCCAGUCUAUCCAUCCUUCCCGCGUCGCCAUCAGCAAAGCGAGCGCGCGGGGGAGCGGGGGGCGCCAUAGCUCGCCGCGAUGCUCUGCUGCUCGGGCCGCAUGCUGGCCUGCGGCGGCCUGGCCGCGGGGCGGCUCCGGCCGGCGCGGCCGGGGUGCCACGCUGACCGGCUGCGGUCGCCGCUGCCGGCGCGGAGGUGGCGGGCCGCGUCCUCCGCCGCCGCGUCGGGCGGAUCCCCCGACCUGCCGUCGUCGUCGUCGUCGUCGCCGCCGACUCCGCCGCCUGCUGCGUCGUUCGGCUCUGGCGAUGAACAGGCCGGCGGCUCCCCGGGGUUUUGUAUUAUUGAAGGACCUGAGACAGUCCAAGAUUUUGAAAAGUUGGACUUGCAGGAGAUUCAGGACAAUAUUAGGAGCCGCAGGAACAAGAUCUUCUUGCAUAUGGAGGAGAUUCGCAGGUUGAGAAUACAACAAAGAAUAAAGAAUGUUGAACUUGGAAUCUCAGUUGAUGUGCCUGAAGGGGAACUUCCUGAUUUUCCAUCAUUCAUUCCAUUUUUGCCUCCCCUGAGUGCAGCUAAUCUCAAAAUCUACUAUGCUACAUGUUUCACUUUGAUUGCUGGGAUAAUGGUCUUCGGUGGAUUUCUUGCACCAAUUUUGGAACUUAAACUCGGGGUAGGAGGAACAUCUUACGCUGACUUCAUCCGCAGCGUCCAUUUGCCUAUGCAACUGAGUGAGGUAGAUCCUAUUGUGGCAUCAUUCUCAGGCGGAGCAGUUGGAGUUAUCUCCGCCCUAAUGGUUGUUGAGAUAAACAAUGUCAAACAGCAGGAGCACAAGCGGUGCAAAUAUUGUUUAGGAACUGGAUACCUCGCCUGUGCUCGCUGUUCAAGUACUGGAACUCUGGUGCUCACUGAACCUGUUUCAACGUUUAGUGACGGUGAUCAGCCUUUAUCUACGCCAAGAACAGAGAGGUGCCCAAAUUGUUCAGGGGCGGGAAAGGUGAUGUGUCCAACAUGCCUCUGCACCGGAAUGGCAAUGGCAAGUGAGCAUGACCCUCGAAUUGAUCCUUUUGAUUAAGGGGCAAUUCAUAGUU